GCUCCUACUGCCCCCGCCUCCCAACUGCUGGACUUACCGAUGGACGUGCGUCACCAGCCUCUGGCUUUGCUUUCUGGGCAUGUCUCACUCUGUCUGCCAGGCUGACCCGUUCUCCUGCUUCAGAUCGUCAAGUGCCACCACACCGGGAUAGCCACACUUUGUACUUUCCACGUGUGCGUUAGUGCCUUUUUGAAGACCUUAGCUAGAAAAGCCAACGGGAAAGGGCCUAGAGAACGCGGGGUCAGCCUAGCCUUCAGGCCCCAUGGGAACCAGACUGGACCAGGCUGCGGCAGCGCAGCCAGGCGAAACGUGCCGGGCAUCCCGCGCUCCCAGGCGCCUGGGCACCUCCCGCCUCUGCCCCGCCCCUAGUCCUCGCUGGGUCCAAUCGCACACUGGCCAUGCAAAUGAAGCUCCGAGGGCGAGCCUAUUGGAGCGCUGCAGGGGUGUGGUCUUACACGCGCCUCCCGGGCAGCGUUUUGAUUCAUUGUUAAAACGGGAUUGUGACCCUGGUGCUAGCACCUCCACCGCCCGGGGAGAUUUCUGCCGGUUGGCUGGGGGUCGUGGAGGAACCUGGAGUCACAAGGAACACAUGAAGAGUCCUUGUCUCGCCCCCGGAAAAGGAGCCACGUUCUCCACCCAAGACGAUGCUCCUCUUGGUGGUUGGACCAGGAAAGAACAACCCAGGCCCCACCUAGAGAGCCACAGGAUCACAGGAGCUGCCUGGUGUGACUUACCUGCCAUGGAGGAAGUGGCUAGGAAUGGCCCAGGUGUACAUUUUGAAGCUAGUGUCUCCCAAGAGCCCUGUCUGAGCUGCUGUCACCCUGGGGAGGCCCAUGGAGCAAGAUACCAGGGUCCCCAGGGAGACUCCCACCAGGCCGGGCUCUCAGGUUUCUGCUGCCUGGAGCACUGCAGCCACCCCGGCCCAGAGUCAGGGCCUGGGAGGGCGGCAGUGUGGGGGCCUGAACCAGAGCCCCCCGGGAACGAGGGUGCUGACAGCCGCCAGCUGCCGCUGCCGGAGCCCGAUGCCCAGGGAGGAUCCCAGGAGAUGACUUCUGGAGACACUCACCAGUCUGAGCUGGGAGGGGCUGCCGGGGAGGGGGAAGGGAAGUCCCACGUGGGCCUGAGCUGUCUCCUCUCUCCAGUGCGGGCCCAGGAGCCUCCCACCUUCCAGUGCCGACCCGCCUUACUUGGACCUCCCCUGCUGCCCACUGGCCCCUGA